GAUAUAGGUUGCUUAACCAGAUCAGUGAUCCGAAGGUAACAAUUCAGCCCGAGAAAGAUUGCAAUUUAUUUAAAGAUGUCUUCCGGCUAAACCAAUAUGAUCUGAGUGAGUAUCGGUCUAAGAAUGCUGAUAAGCUUCAAGAUAUCAUUGAUAGUAGAUCUAAAAGUGUAUGUGGAAUCCAAAUAGACUCUUUAUCGAAGCAAAGAUUAAAGGAAAGCCAGAGCACACAAAAGACAGUUAGCGAUAACAACCAGAAAAAGCUUGAAAAAUCACAUGAAAUGUUUAACCUGAGGGGAGUUUCUCCUUCAAAUGAUUUAUCAAAUCUGUUUCCCUGUAAAACGAUUAAUGGAUCUACGACAGAAAAUGAGCAGGAUAUUUCAGGAGCCUUCACCUUGAAUAGAACUCAAAACUCCAGCAUCCUGGAGUCUUUAGAGUCUCAAAAAGGAUUUCCUAAGCUGAAAAAUAUCAAGUGCAUUCUUGACAGGGAUAAGAUGAAACAAUACCAAAAAUAUAUCACAAAUUUUGGCCAACAAGAGGAUCAUGCUUCUUUUAAGAUCAGCAAGCUCCUAAAUGCCUCUGAUUGAAAAGGUAAUGGUAAUAUCCUCAGGCAUAAAAGAAGUAUCAAUUUUGGGCAAAUGCAGCAUAACAAUAUUAUGAAUUUUUCACGAAAACAAAUACCUCCUAAUAUCGAGAUUCACAAGAGAUUUGCGACGAAGAGAAGUAGUUGUGAUGAUCAUUUUACUCGCUUCAACAGCUCUAAGUUUGCAGACUACUCCAGAGGGACCAGCAAGAGAAAGCCCUAG